GUUACCGAUAGCAGUUUUCAGGAAAGUAAAAUGUUUAUUUAAAAAGUGCAGGUUAAAGCAGUGCGUUUAAGGCGAUAAUGCAACUUGCAGUUGGUAGCUUUAAUUUCUAUAUUCGGGAUAGUUGCAGACAUGUUUUUUCGUGAUUUAUUCGCUCGACUGCAUCCGCACAAUGAAAUUUGCCAAUGGGCGAAUGGAUAAUGUCGGAGCAACCCGAGGCCAUGAUAGCUGUACUUCUCAAGGACACUACCGUUAGGAUUAAGCAAAUUGUGUGUACUGCAUGCAAAAGGAAUGAGCAAGGCCUAAGCGGUAUCAAGAGAAUGUUUUGUAAACAUUGUGGGGUAAACAUUGAUGAUGACGCCAAUUUCUGCCCAAAGUGUGGCAAAGGCACCAGUUUCGGAAACGGUACCGGUGAAGUACAAGAGAAAAUCAAUGGAUCAGAUGAACUGCUUCAGCAAGAUAGUGAUGGUCAAGCAUUGAAAGAUAAAUUACCACAACCACCAGGGAAGCAGUCAGACUUGAGCAGUCAGCAUGGAUGGUAUCAACAAGGACCUCCACCUCCACACAUGCAAGGACAAACACAGAGAGACUGGAGUGGUCAGCAUGGGUGGUAUCAACAAGGAGGUCCUCCUCCACACAUGCAAGGAAGUGGCUUUCCACCAGGACAGUCACAUAAAGACUGGAGUGGUCAGCAUGGGUGGUAUCAACAAGGAGGUCCACCUCCACACAUGCAAGGAAGUGGCUUCCCACCAGGACAGUCACAGAAAGACUGGAGUGGUCAGCAUGGAUGGUAUCAACAAGGUCCUCCACAUCCACACAUGCAAGGAAGUGGCUUUAAUCAAAUGCAAAGCUUUCAACCAGGGCAGUCACCAAGGGACUGGAGUGGUCAGCAUGGGUGGUAUCAACAAGGAGGUCCACCUCCACACAUGCAAGGAAGUGGCUUCCCACCAGGACAGUCACAAAAAGACUGGAGCGGUCAGCAUGGAUGGUAUCAACAAGAACCUCCACCUCCACACAUGCAAGGAAGUGGCUUUCCACCAGGACAGUCCCAAAGAGGAGAGACAGAGUUGCAACAUACUAAUCUCAGUAAGGAAGAGAAAGGUCUGCAUACAGAUGGCAAUCAAUUUGAGCAACACGAUCCAAUAGCACCACCACAAUCAGAUGAUAUCAAGCCUGAGAAGAAGUUAGAACCAAGAGCUGAUACACCUUGUAAAUCUGAGCAGCCAAAACCAAAUGUGCCAUCAAAAAAACUGAACGGCAAAGAUGAUUUAAGAAUUCUUUUGGCUGGACAAUCUGGCCAUGGCAAGAGCGCAACAGGGAACUCACUGUUGGGGAUCACAAGAGAAGAAGGAUUUCAUGAUCAAACGAGCCUUCAGUCUGUUACAAAAUAUUCUAAAACAAAGGAAAGCAAAAGAUUUGGAAGAACAAUACAUGUUGUGGACACUCCAGGAAUUUUUGACACAACAUCCAAUGACUCAUUUGUGUACGACAGAUUAGCUGAUUGCAUAGGGAUGACAUUACCUGGAUUCAAUGCUAUCUUCUUAGUACUGCGUCCUGACCGAUUCAAUGAGCAAAUUAUUAAAACUAUUGAAAUUUUCUUUAAAUUCUUUGGACCUGGUGUUAGUGAAUAUGCAUUUGUCAUUUUCACUCACUUUGAGACAAAAGAGCAAUUUGAAAAUUACAUUGGGGAAGGUUUGAAUACCCCUUCAGAUAAGGGAAGAGAAGCCUUUGAAUAUCUGAGAAACUGCUGUCAACAAAAAAUGUUGUUCAUUGACAACAAGGCCGACAAACAUCUCAAAGAAGAAAUGGUCUGGGACAUAUUGAUGGCUGUAGAAAAAGCUAAUGCCAAAGCGCAAAAACAAUACUUUCAAAACAAACAUACUGAAAUGAUCAAGCAAAAGGCUGAAGAGUUUUAUCGAACACAAAUAAUUCGCCACGGCUCUGAACGGUCUAAGGAAGAUCUAAGAAUCCUCCUGGUUGGCCUUCCUGGUCAUGGAAAAAGUGCAACAGGGAACGCACUUAUGGGAAAAUCUGAAUCAAAGUUUACAGAAAAAGAAUCAGGAUUUGGAGAGGCAUACAUACAAACUAAAGAUGGGAUAAACUUUAAUCGCAAUGUAAAGGUUGUGGAAUUCCCGAUGAAGAACAGUCUGAGUCAAAGUGUAGAAGAUUUCCGCAAACUAAUGGUACAAGCUGAGAUACAGUUGAACCCGGGAUUUCAUGCUGUUUGUUUUAUAUUAGAUCCAAAUAAGAUGGCAGAUGUGAACAAACAAUUUCAGCCAUUUAUGGAGUUCUUUGAAGAUUUCGCAAGUGAUUAUGCUUUCAUAAUCAUGACUCAUACCAACAAUGAAGCAGAGUGUGAAAGGCAUGUUCCAACCAAAAGUGACCCCAAAGGUGCAGGGAUUACUUCUUUAUUCAGGUAUUGUAAAGAUAAGGCUUUGUUCAUAGACAAUAGAGCCUCGCAAAAAGAUCAAAUGAUACAAGUUAUUCUCACAUUCAUAGACAGCGCAAAUGCUGCAAAGUCCAUUCCUCACUACAGCUCACGUUUCAAAGAUCAAGCUGUGGCUGCUGACGCUGCUCUACAAGAGCAACUUCGAAGAGAACGUGAAGCUUUUGAUGCUUAUAGAAGAGAAAUUGAAAAUCAAGAAAAAAAUAAAAGAUCUUGUUCAAUAAUGUAAGAUGUUGUAAUAAACAGUUUUCUAUAACAAAAACAAAACUGAUUACUUGUGAGACAUUUAUGUAUGUUGUGACUACAUUAAAAGUAUAUGCGAAAUUUACACAAAAAAAUUUGCAUACAAGAGUUGUACAAUGAAUUCUAUUUUGCCCUGCUCCUUGAUUGUCAUUUUGAAAUUACAGAAGGGUUGUUGAUUGAAUACAAACACCAUUAAAAGAGAAAUUAAUAUUGAUAUGGAACUGUGUUCGGUUUUCCCAGCUUGUGUGGUAAAACACUGUGGAAUUUAAAUUAUUCUUUGGACUAUCUGGAAAUAUGCGUCACAAUUUCUUAUUUAGAAAUAAAUGGUAAGGUCUCAUUCUGAAAAGUUAAAUUUGAAAAUGUUUGUAUGAUAGGUAGUUGUCUACAUAGCAUAUACACUUCAAUACCACAGCCUGUACCUGAAUAAUCCUAAUGCAAUUCAAUGAUCGCAAGUCAGUUCAAUCAUUGAAGCAGAAAAAACAUUAUGAUUUUGAUUUUUAUAACUCAUAUUAUUUUAAUGUAUAGGCAUGAUAUCUGUUGCCAUUGAUCAUGAGUAUUUAAUUUAAGAACUAUUGUGUUAAAUUAAGCAACAACUGUAUUUAAACUCAGUGACUUAGCAGUUUGUUUCAAUCACAUUGUCUAUACAAACAAAGACGUCAGAAUCUAAACACUGCAUGAAAAUGCAUAAUUCUUACUUCUUUGGGUCACUUUGUUGCCUUGCAAUUGGUAGAAAUAUAAACUAUUAUUAGGCUAUGUCAAUAAUAUAUUCUGAAUGUGUUUUCAAUAAUCCCAUGAUACAUUCUAUUUUUUGAUUAAUUUAAUAAGAAUUAUUCCACCACAUUGAAAAGCUUAUCUCCUCUGUAUGUUACUGAUGUGAAUAUUAGACAGCUGCCCUCCUCUGUAUGCUACUGAUGUGAAUAUAAGACAGCUGUCCUCCUCUGUACAUGUAUGUUACUGGUCUGCAUAUUAGACAGCUGUCCUUAUCUGUAUGUUACUGAUGUAAACAUAAGACAGCUGUCCUCCUCUGUAUGUUAUUGAUGUGAAUAUUAGACAUUUGUCCUUCUUUGUAUGUUACUGAUGUGCAUAUUAGACAGCUGUCCUUCUAUAUACGUUACUGAUGUGAAUAUUAGACAGCUGUCCUCCUCUGUAUGUUACUGAUGUGCAUAUUAGACAGCUGUCCUCCUCUGUAUGUUACUGAUGUGCAUAUUAGACAGCUGUCCUCCUUUGUAUGUUACUGAUGUGCACAUUAGACCGCUGUCCUCCUCUUUAUGUUACUGAUGUGAAUAUUAGACAGCUGCCCUCCUUUAUAUGCUACUGAUGUGAAUAUUAGACAGCUGUCCUUCUUAAUAUGUUACUGAUGUGAAUAUUAGACAGCUGUCUUCCUCUGUAUGUUACUGAUGUGAAUAUUUGACAGCUGUCCUCCUCUGUAUGUUACUGAUGUGAAUAUUAGACAGCUGUCCUCCUCUGUAUGUUACUGAUGUGAACAUUAGACAGCUGUCCUCCUUUAUAUGUUACUGAUGUGAAUAUUAGACAGCUGCCCUUCUCUGUAUGUUACUGAUGUGGAUAUUAGACAGCUGUCCUCAUAUGUAUGUUACUGAUGUGAAUAUUAGACAGCUGUCCUCCUCUGUAUGUUACUGAUGUGAAUAUUAGACAGCUUUCCUACUCUGUAUGUUACUGAUGUGAAUAUUAGACAGCUGUCCUCCUAUGUAUGUUACUGAUGUGAAUAUUGAUAAACUUAUCUCCUCUGUAUAUAACUGAUGUUUACAAGCCUUGAAGGUCAAUUAAUAUAUCUAUUUUGAAUUUUAUUUUUUGCAAUUAACAGUAAAAUUAGAAAACUCACACGUGUGUUUCAGCUAUGGGUGAGAUUUUUGAAAAUAAUUGUUGUUUUAGUUUCUGGACAGUAAUUUUUUUUAAAUGUCCAUUACUUAUCCAAUUUUUUGCUAUGCACUGAUAUCCAAAUGCCUUUGUAUGAUAUAUGAUUGAAUAUCAAUUAUAAUUAUUCUUAUGUUAAAAUGUAUGCAACUAAUUGUAUUUUUUAUGAAUGAGUGGUAAAUUGAAAAGAAUUUUUUUUUUGUAUGCCAGGGAUAAGAAAAAAUAACAUGAAAAAAAUUCCAAAAAAAAAUUAAUGAAUAUACAGUUUUACUUUUAAUUGAAAAUGUUGUGUAAAUUAUAUUGUAUUUUCUGUGUUUUGCAUGAACAAACAUUUAAUCAGAAAAUCUACAUAACAAAGUGUGUUAUCCAAAAUAAGAGGCAAGUGCUAAUGAUUUUUAAUUGAAUUCUCUCAUUGAAAUUUAAUUCAAAAACUGCCUUUAAAUCAAAUGAAGAUAACCUUCCAUAUAUUCUGGUUGACCAAUUUCUGUGUUCAUAAGAACGUGUGUCACAAAAUUUUGAAGAAAAUAAGGUGUUUAAAAAUGAUUCAAAACAUUUACUUUUAAUUUCAUAGUUGUUUGUUGAUGUUUGUUUUGUGUGUUUUUAGGGGGCGGGGGGGGGGGGGGGCAUUUUAAGCAUUGAAACACUGUCAUUAGUGUUAGAAAGUUCAUUGAAUAUGACCUCUAACUGCAGAAACAUUAAUGCCAGUUAGUUGAUCAAAGCAUUACAAUAAAAUGAGUCAGCCAAUACAGUAAUAUUGGUGUAUUGAAGCUCUAUCAUUACAAUUACACAAUAAAAUGAUUGCAUUAAGCUGUAUAUAUGUGUAGCUUGCAAACAUUUUAUAAACACGGCAUUGUGUGUGCAAAUACAAGGUUAUUAAUUAUUUAUUCUAUGAAUGUUGAGAUUUCAAGCAACAUUUUUGUUUUAUGUAGCCAGCAUGUCUACUUCAUAGCUGAGCAAAUAAUAUUAACUAUAAGCUUCAGAUGGCACUCAAUACAGUUAACAUUACAGUAAAUGAGUUCAAAACAUGCUUUUUGAACAAUUGAGUAAAAAUAUAAAAUCAAUCAGAACACGUAAUUUAUGCUUUACUAGUCAAAGAUUGAUGUUUGUAAACUAAAGAAGAUCUUAUGUGACAUGCUUUUACUUGUUGAGUUCAUUUGAGCAUAACCUGCUUAAAAUGAGCUUUUGUGAUUGCAUUGUUAAGUUAAAAUGUUGCCUACAUUGUCAAUCCAAUAUAACAUGGGGUGGGUCUUGACUUCUGCUUUUCUCCAACCUUCCAUUUCUGUCUUAAGUGUACUCUUCAAAUUCAAAUAUUGGUGCUCCAAUUGAGCUGAUUGAAUAAUUAUAGCUCUAUUACAAUGUAUAAGAGGCCAACUGUGACUGGGGCCUAUGACAGUUUAAGUUUGAAACUUUUGAAGAGUUGGAAAUGGCUCUCUGUGAACAACACAUUGAACUUCAAACAUGAGUGUAGCCGCUUUAAAUCCCUUGAAAAUCCAUUUUGCUAACUUAAACUUAGGUGAGUGACAUGGGGCAAACGUGGCCCUUUUUCCAAUUUUUAUUGGGUCACAACUUUGUUUGCUUUAUAUAAAUAUAAUAAUUAUAAUUAUGAUGAUAAAUGGCAAUUGUAUUUAAGAAAAAAAUAUGAAUGAAUGUGGCAUACAAUUUAAAAGAGACAUAAUAUGUACAUCUGGAAAAUUUAAGUCUAAGCAUUAGAAAUUGAAGCUAAGUGUACAGAUAAAACAUCAAUUUGUUAUUUUACGAGGGUCUAAAUAGAUCUGUAGCAUAGUUCAUGAAAAACUCAGGUUUUGCAUCUGUAAAAACAACAACCAAUAAUGGAGCUUAUAUUUCUUGUUACCUUAAUUUGAUUUUUACCCAGAAACAAAAUAAACUAGUAUAUGAAAGUCUUAUUUCAAAUACUGAAAAAACUUUCAAGUGAAACAAGAUGGAAUGGGCUAUUUAGUAAUAUUGACUGAAAGCAUGUUCACAGCUUUGUUUUAAAAAUAACCAGAUAUAUUUACAAUUACAAUGGUUACAUACUAGAAUGAUACAUAGAAUUUAAGGAACUCAAUAUCUGCUGUACAAAAUGAAAAUUGUUGAUGAUAAUACGUGCACAAGUUGUAAUAAAUAUGGGGAAACUUUAACUCAUCUUUUAUGGGGUUGUAAGCACAUCCAAACAAUGGGUCAACAUAUUUCAAAUGUAUUGAAUAUAAAUAAUUUCAAUACGCCUACACUCUGUUGCUGCAGGACAUGAUUCUUGGUUGUUUUUUUUAUUGAAAAAGUGAAUCCUAUCAAAAUAUUGUUCCUAGAAAUUAAAAGGAAAAGUUUAAUGUGUAAACAAAAAAAUCUUGAAUGUUCCAGGACUUAAAAGAAGUCUACUUUGGUCAUGGAAAAUCCAAAAACAGACCUCUCACCAAAAUAAUGAAUUCCCAAAUUGGUCAUUUCAAAGAAUAUUCCUACAAUGAACCAAAUCCAAUAUAAUUCAUUAUUAUAAAAUAUGUACUACUCAAACAAUUAAAGUACAAUUAAUUCUUGUGGUAUGAUUUUUACAAUGUCUAUAUAUCCAUAGUAAACAUUAUGUUCGUUUGUCUCUCUGGAAAUAUUAACUCAUAUUUUCGCUACUAACACGUAAGCACAUUAUAGAGCAGGAUGGCCUCAACCUCCACAUACCUAUGGACGAGGUAAAUACAGUCUCUUUUCUCAAAAAAUUAAAAAAAGAAAGAUGAUAAAUGGUUUAAUUGAGGGGCAUAUUAAUGGUAUUUGACAUCUUUCAGAAACAUUUAGUUCAUCCAACCACUCCUCUUGAACACACUUUGAUUAAAAAUUAAAGAGAAUCAGUUCCAUACAUUAUAUUAAUUUUACCAUUUCCUUAUUUCAACAAAAGCAUGGUCAGUUAUGUAAUGUUUUAGAUUUAUGUCUUACUAUACAACCAAUUUUUGUUAAUGCCACAAAUUAAAUCUGAAUUUAAUGUCUAAGCCACUAAUGUUUUUUACAAAAUAUACUAAUGCUGAUCAUGUUUACAAUAUAUUCAGAUUGUUUCCACGCAAUUAAAAUUUGGAAUGAAUAUCAAAGUAAACAUACAACUUAAAACAACAACACUUAUGCUGACAAUGUUAACAAUAUAAUUCAAUGUUUAAGAGCAUGCAUCAGGUUAGGCAUGAUUGCUAUAUUUUUUUAAUAUUUGCUUAAGCAUCAAACCUUAAUACAUAUAUGUAAUUGCAUUCUCUGUUACAAAAUAUGAACUGUUUUUAAAUCUAAAAAUUUCAGGAUUCCAUCUGGUGUCUAUAAAUUGGAUUGAAAGCUUAUAGCCAAUCAUUUUUUGUUAAAAUGCUGGGUCUAGUUGUUCAAAACUACAUUGGACAAUUACACUAACAGCUCUUAAUAUAUUGAUCAAGUCAUGUAUGUAUCUUUAUUAUAAACACUUCAUUAUAUGUAUCAAUUGUAAACAAAUUUGUUUCCUCAAAUAAUUUUAAAAUGUUCGAUAAUAGCAUUGUUUGUACAAUAAAUUUCAUUUGGGUCUGAAGUUAACAGUCAGUUACCUCAACCAGCCGUUAACAUGUUUAGGAACCAGGUCCAGCAGAUCUGUAAAAAAAAAUUGGAAA